CGAUGAGCUAUCGAGGAUUUGACAGCUCUACGUGCCAGCUCUAGUGACGUUUUCGUGAAGUUGUGUUUGUUUUUUUUUGUUUUUCGUUCGUUCGGUUGAGUUUUUUUUUGGUGGUCAUUCGUCAUCGCUUUGGACUCUUGCGUCCUUGGAAAAUUCACCGAUCUCCGUGGAUUUUGACCUUUCGACGUGUUGUUAAGGAACUUCCGGAUGCGCUGGCGUAGUUGUUGUUGCGCGAGCGAAAACGCUUAACCUUCAUGUCGAGUUCUACCUAAAGAUGCUGUGAUGGCGAAGAUGGCAUCGGGAGAUCUUUCGCUGACCAGCACGAGCAGUCAGGAGGAAGAGAGCUCGGAGUAUGUGGGCUAUGAUAACACCCUUCGUCCGCCGUCCAACUCCAGUGGCAGCACCACGGCCGCCAACAUGGCCAACAACAACGGGCCCUCGAAGGUCGUGAACAGCGGAGUGGGCGUAUCGGGCGUGCCCGGGGGAAACGGAACGAAGUACGAUCUGCUACAGGCGCAGUACAAUUCCGCACUCCUGGAACUGAACACCCUGCGCCACCAGCACUCGAGCACCAAGCGCCGCUGCGAAGAGCUGGCCACAGAGCUGAAUCUCUACCAGGAGCACUACAUGGCCGAUCGCAACAAAUUCACGGACAUAGUGGAGGAGAGCGCCCGGCUCAAGCGCCUGCUGCUGGAGACCCAGAACCAGCAGAGCCAACAGGCUCAGAAUGGGAACAGCCAAGUGCCGCCCGGGGCCAGCGGAAAUCCGUAUUACUUCGGGAAGACCCAGGGAUGCGACGGCAGCUGCAUCGAGAAGCUGGCCGAGCUGAAGAAGGAGCGCAACAUGGUCGCGGUGGAGCGCGAGAAGUACAAAAAGUCGUACAUUGAGCUGGAGAAGGAUCGCAACUACUACCGCGAACGGGGCGAUGAGAACCAGACCCUGAAGGUCCUGCUCAACAAGGAGACCAAGAACGUGGGUGCCCUCACCGAGGAGCUGAACCAAUUGCUCUCCGAGAAGGACAACGUGCUGCAGGAGCACCAGAAGAUGUCCGACGAUCUCGUGCUGGCCAACAAGGAGAUCGAGCGCCUCAAGAAGGAUGAGCAGUUGGCCAGGGGAGAGAUCAAGGCUUUGCAGCUGGCCAACGCCGAGCUCAAGAAGCGCGACCUUUUAAAGUCGCGCGAGAGCUCCUGGUCGAAGGAGUUCUCCAGCGGGAAGGAACUGGAGAACAGCAAGGAGCUGGAGAAGCUGCGCAAGAGCCUGGAGAAGGCCCUCUCCGAGGUGGAGCGCUCCAGUCAGGAUGCCGAGGAGGCGAAGCGCGUGCGCGACUGGGCCAUUUCGCAGCGCGAAAAGAUUGUGCAGGAGCGCGACUCGGUGAAGACGCUCUGCGACAAGAUGCGCCACGAGCGGGACAAGGCCAUCUCCGACUCCCUGAUGGCCAUUCGGGACAGCGAGAAGAUCAAGAAGCAGAAGGACGAGGCCCAGAAGAAGAUUGACCUGCUGAAGGAGCAGAUGGAGCAGCAGGAACGCCACAAUCUGGACAGCACUGCCAGCGGAUCCCGACGCAGCUUCCGACUGAGCAGCUACGAGGGCGAGGACCUCCUGGAAGUGGAGCUGUCCGGCUACGAGCACACCUCCGAUCUGGGUAUCAUUCUGGAUGACAGCAACAAGCGCAAGCUGGUGUGUGGCGUGACCAGCAGCUCCCCCGCCUGCGGGAAGCUCAAGAUCAACGAUGUGAUCUGCAAGGUAAACAACCUGGACUGCCAGUCUCUGUCCAAGCGAAUGGUUCUCGACGAGAUCCGCGCCUGUGCGCCCCACUCCCUCCUGCUCGUCUCCCGCACGCGCCACAGCAAGCGGCACGCCUACUCCGUUCAGCUGAAGACCCGCGAUCGGGACUGCCCGCACGGAUUGCAGCUGGACAUGGGCGUGUUCAUCGCGAAGAUCGAGCAGAACUCGCUGGCCUUCUUCGAACCGGAACUGGACGUCGGGGACCGAGUGCUGAGCAUAAACAACAAGUCGAUGGACUCGGUGCAGUCGAUCGAGGAGGUGAUGCAGCUGCUCAACGAUCCGCGCAGCGAUGGACUCAACCUGUUUGCCCUGAAGUACGUGCAGGAUCAGCUGCCGCCGGGCAUGACCACCUCGUCGGCGCAGACGGACUCCAUCGACUCGAUGCAGCACCUGUCGAGUGGCGGCGGCGGCGGCGGUGGAGGAAGUGGAGCCAGUAGCGCCACCAAGCAUCCGUCCCGGUUCGCCGAGUUCUUCUUCCGCAAGCUGAAGUUCAGCAAGCCGGGAACGCCGGAGGACAACUUCGAGCAGGAGCACGACGACGCCAUCGCCGCUCUGGAUUCGGUGCUGAGCGAGAACAGCUCGGAGAAGAGCAAGGAGAACCUGUUCAACCGCAAGAAGCGCACCAAGAAGGAGAAGGAGGCCUCCAAGAGCAUGGGCACCUGGCCGCGGACCAACAUCUCGCACGACAAUCCAACGGGCACCAUGCGGGGCAACGAGAAGAAGCGCGCCCUCAUGUCUCUCUUCACUGCCGGUCCGAUCAACGUGGACAAGGACGACGAGCUGGUGGGCGAGGUGGGUGUCCCGGAGAAGCAGCCGCCGGCGUUGAUGCAGGAGCAGCUGCCUCCGCCGUUGCCCCCGCAGAUGUCCAAGCCGCUGGCCCACAUCCGGGGGGCUAACGGGAGUGCCAUCAAGGCGCACCCCAACCGCAACUCCAAUCCGGUGAGCUCGGGAGCCUCGGCUUUGUUUCCUCCCGGCUCCGCUGGCGGAAUGCCCAUGGCCGGCUACCCGACGCAUCCGAGGCACUCGCUCUACGGCGGCAUCGGAACCCCGGAGGAGAUCAGCCAGAAGCCAAUGCCCAGAGCUCCCCUGAUGGGCGCCAACGCCAGGGUAAAGAUGCCCUCGCAGGAGCGCUACGGCACCAGGCCGCACAGCAACCACCGCCUGUCGCUGAACAUCACGCCCAGCGGCGACUUCUACCAGCCGAAGACCAGUGGCCAGCAGGCCCAGCAGCAGGUGAUGAACGUCUCGUCGAAUGCCGCUGGAUUUGCCAUGGGAUCCGGUUCGAUGGGUGGAGUGACGGGACCGGCGGCCGGGGAGUUUCCAGUGCGCAAGCAGCAGGUCUUUGACGUCUUCCACCCGCCGCCACUGCCGAAGAACAGCGGUGGAUCCAAUCCGAAUGCCGUGUUCAUGCCGGUGAACCCGCCGAGGGGCAGCCACCCGCUGCCAGUUGGCCAGCCGCCGGACGUGAUAUCCCUGAAGUCGCAGAACUCCAUCGAGUCGAUCCUGUCGGCGAAGAGUCCGGCGAACAGCGAGUACGGGGUGUACGCCAAGCGGCAUGUGCCCAUGCCGCAGGCGGUGAGGCAUGUACCCAAGUACCCCAGCGACAGCGAGAGCAUUGGCUCCGGCAUCCACGGCGGCUACGGCGGGUACCUCCAGUCCAACCACAUGCCGGGCAACAGGCACACGCAGCUCUUUCCCACUUUCGGACCCGGUGUGAGGAGCAACCGCCGGUCCAGUCCGCUGACUCUGCCCUCGCCGCCGCCGCAGCAGCAGUUGCAGCAGCUUCCCGCGGCGGUGGCGCCGCACGACAGCGUCGGAAUCCCCACCGACCUGGACUACCACCAGCACCACCAUGCGCAGACCAAUCCGCUGCCACUGCCGCACCCCCAUCCGCAUCCGCACGCUCCCUACCUGGACUACGGACACCCCUACAUGGGAGUGGGCGGGGGAGGAGUGUCGGGCGUGGCCGGGAUCAUCUACGAGGGCGGAACCUUUCCGCGCAAGAAGGACAACCAGCGGCUGCGGAUUCCCUCCAACCCCAGUGUGGCCAGCAAGAGCAGCAGCAUGGUGAAGAACAGCUCCGGCAGCAUUGACCACCACUACGUGACGAGCACGGCGCCCGCUUCUGGAGGAUCCAUGUCGGCCUCGUCCUCGGAUCGGGCUCCCAUCUCCCUGAUGAGUUCCAGCAUCCACAACAGCUACGGCGCCAGCAUGGCGGGCGGAAAUGGAACCGGAUCGGGAGUGGGAGUGGGAGGAGGAGGAGGCGGAAGUGGCCGCGGAUCGCCCAUGCCGCAGGUCCAUGUGGAGGUACUCAGCCACGGAGGAGGAGGCAGUGGCAAGCGCAACUCCAACGUGCCCGCGGAUUUUCUCUGCCCCGGAGACCUUAGAAGAGUCACCAUCGACAAGCGCGACAAGUCGCUCGGUAUCACCAUUCAGUGCAACAACAACGGCGGCGGCAUCUUUGUGUCCACCGUCGCCGACAAGAGCACAGCGAUGCGUGCCGGUCUCCAGGUGGGCGAUCAACUCUUGGAAGUAUGUGGCAUCAACAUGCGUGCCGCCACGCAGGAGAUUGCGGCCAACGUGCUGCGCCAAUGCGGCGACUCCUUCACAAUGCUAGUGCAGUAUAAUCCGGAGAAGUUCCCUUCGAUGGAGUACGAGGGAGCACACAAUCUGGAACCAGAAUCUCCCGUCAACCACUCCGGUUCCCCCACUCCGCGCAACUCCCCGCGACCCCCGGCUCGCAACUCGCUGUUCCCGCUGCCGCUGCAGACGCAGAUACCUUCAACCAGGUCCGGGUCGCGGGCCCCGCUCUCGCACCAGUCGAUCAAGGACCAGAGCUUCACCGACAGCCUGGAGAACCAGUCGGACAUCAGCAGCAGCCAGGACAUGCCCUCGUCGGCGGCCACCACCACCACGACGACCGCCUCGGCCACGUCGACGGUCUACGACGAGGAGCCGAAGCCCGCCUUGCCGCCGCCGCCCGCUUCCGUUCCGGCAGAGACUCUGAGGUAUGUCACUCUGCACAUGGACAAGUCGAAGAACCUGGGCAUCAAGCUGUUUGGGGGAAACAAAGUAGGCAUCUAUGUGCACGACGUGGCGUCAGGAUCGCCCUCGGAUCAUGCAGGCAUACGCAAGGGCGAUCAGAUACUGGAGUACAACGGGGUGGACCUAAGUGGAGUCACCGCCGAGCAGGCGGCCAACGAGAUAUCCAAGCUCACGGAUACGGUCACCAUGCUGGUGCAAAAUAAACUGCACACUCUAAAGCAAAUUAAGGAUGAGCCUGGGGACUCCUUUUACAUUCGCGUGGGGUUUGACCGGAUUGGCGAGCUCAACGAGGACGACUUGCGCUUCGUGAAGGACGAGGUGCUCUACGUGGACAACACAGUUUUCAACGGCACCUUUGGCUUGUGGCGAGCUUGGAAGCUGGACGCCAUGGGCCAUCGGAAGGAAUGCGGCAUUAUACCCAGUCAAAUGAAGGUGGAGGAGGAACUGCGUUCGGGUGAGGUGGUGGACUGUGAUACGGGAACCGCUAGACGCGGCAGCACUUCUGCCAGGAGAUCGUUUUUUCGUCGCAAAAAGAACCAGCGAAGCUCGUCCCGCGACUCCACGGAGAUUGCCAGCUUCAGCAAUACGCAGCUUAGCUUCUUUCCAGACUUGGGCCUCCUGAACGAUGAUGGUGGUGCCCUUAGCUACCAGCGCGUGGAGCUGCUGGAUUCGCCCAUUCGCCGACCCGUUUUGAUUAUUGGACCGCUGUCCGAGUGCCUAAUGGACCGGCUGACCAUCGACUUCUCCAACCUCUUCAAGCUCUGCGAGGUGACGGCCAUGGACUGCUCACAGGAGGCCAUGGAGGAGGGUCUGAAGGAGAACAUCUUUGUGGACUACCGGCGGCGGGGCAACAAGUUCGAGUGCACCACCGUGGAGGCCAUCAGCAAUGCCUGCAAGAACGAUCGUCGUCACUGCAUUCUGGACGUUUCAAUCUCCGCCGUGGAGCGCCUGCAGCGCCUACAAAUCUACCCCAUUGUUCUGCUGCUGCGCUUCAAGUCGGCAAAGCAAAUCCGAGACAUUCGCGACUUCGGCACCGACAAAAUCUCGGCCAAGGCGGCCAAGGAGAUGUACGAGCGGGCCAUGAAGUUGGAAACCGACUACAAGCAGUACAUAUCAGCCGUUAUCCCCGGCGUCAGCAUCAAGCACAUGUGCACCCAAAUCAAGGACGCCGUCGACAAGGAGCAGGACAAGCUGCUUUGGGUGCCCGUAUCGAGUGCCUGAUUGGAUCGGUUCGCCCGGACAGCCCGGACUCGGGGUCCUCCUAGUUUUAGUUAUUAGCACACAACGCGACACUCACGCCUAGUAUUUUUCAACGCGCAUCAAUAGUAUCGAGUUCGUAUUCGUUUUGUUUAACGUUUAACGCAGAGUAUUCAACGGGCGUCGACUUGCAACUGAGUGGUUUGCAUUUAGGGCGCGGUAUUUCUACCUGUUUCUUGUCUCUGUCACCUAAUUUAUGUCUGUAGAUGUAGUUUCUGUUCGCGGUUCUCGGUUCGCCUGCCCUGUGCGGCAGCUAAUGCCGAUCACAAACGAGAGGAAUGCUUCCACAAUUUAUAUAUCUUAUUUAUAUAUACCGCCUGGAACUAGAUUUCCCUCGAAGGCAACAUUCUAAGCCUAAAGUCUGUUUGAAUGCAAUUUAUCAUUAUGUAUUUGUAGGAAAAGCAUCGAUAUAUUUUAUUUUAUUCACCUAACGAUUCGAUAAACUCGGUGGCAUUAGAGAGUUUGGCUUUAAACCUUCAACUGUUCAACUGUGAAUAUUAAAUAGAUUCGACUAAUUGAAUUUUCUUUGAGAACUGCUUCUAAAUCGAGCUUUACUUACAACCUUACUUAUUUUGGAAAAAGGGCCCUUGGCCGAUCCUGAAAAUAAAAACGCGGCUAGUUAAGCAACACUAGAAUUUUUAUUUAAUUGAGUGAUUGACAAAAAAGCUAUCACUAGCCUUAAGUGGUAAACGGUUAAACUGAAAUGAAGUGCCUGGAAUUGCCUUCAAAUUGCUGAGAAAGGAAACCCUUUUCUACACAUAAAUACAAUUUAUAAAUCUAAUUUAUCAACGUACCCUCGUAAACAGUAAUAUAUAUCAACGUAUUAAAUACAAUAAAAUCUAUUUUAUACAUACGUAAGCAUUCUAAAUAUACAGACUACAUUUUGCAAUAAAUAUUUUUCCAAAA